AGCAGUGGUAUGAUUCCGCAAGAUGAAGUCGUUCACGGCACUCGCAGUUCUUUCGGUGGCACUGCUGGCCCUUGGCGGCCAUGCCAAGCACAUUGAGUCGAAGGUGGCCGACAAGGACUUCCUGGGCAAGCAGAAGUUUGUCUUCGAUAUGAUGCAGCACAUCUACCAGGACGAUGUGUUCGUCACCGAAUACCCAGCCACCUACGCCGAUUACAAGCCAUGGGCCCAUAUGGGUGACUACAAUCACCCCGAGUUGCUGGAGCACUUCUUCGAGCUGUGGCAGCACCAUCCCUUCCACGACGAUCAGGUGUUUUCCGUGAUGUAUGAGCGCCAUGAGGAGUACGCCAUCGGUCUGGUGCGCCUCUUCUACUUUGCCAAGAACUGGGAGACCUUCCAGCACGCCGUCUUCUGGGCCCGCCAGCACGUGAACAAGCAGCUGUUUGUGUACGCCUUCACCGUCGUCACCAUUGCCCGCGACGACAUGCAGGGCAUCAUCCUGCCGGCCCACUACGAGAUCCACCCCUGGAGCUUCUUCGGCGCCCAGACCCUGGAGAUGGCCGAGCACUACAAGAUGCACGGCUUCCACCACGUGAAGAAGAUAGACAACAUCUACAAUGUGGUGCUCAAGUCAAACUACUCGAACCACUACAGCAAUCUGAACUACGACCACGAGAUGGCCUACUUCCUGGAGGAUGUUGGCUUCAACAGCUUCUACUACUACUACAACCUGGACUAUCCCUUCUGGACCAAGGGCUCGGAGCACCAUGUGCUGAACAAGGACCGUCGCGGAGAGCUCUACCUGUACACCCACUGGCAGCUGCUCGCCCGCUGGUAUCUGGAGCGUCUGUCCAACGACUUGGGCGAGGUGCCCACCUUCAACAUGUACGAACCGGUCGCCACCGGCUACUACAGCGGCCUGCGCAGCUACAACGGCGUGCACGACUGGCAUCGCGACAACCACCACAACUUCUACCAUGACGACAACAUCGAGCACAUCCAGUAUGUGGAGCUCUACACGCAGCGCUUGAUGGACUGGAUCCACAAGAACGAGAAGUUCGAUGUGGAGGUGAUCAACCAGCUGGGAAAUAUCAUUCAGGGUAAUGCCGACAGCAUUGACAAGAAGUUCUACGGCAGCCUGGACAGGGAGUACCGUCACAUCGUGAACGGUGGACACCAAGUGGGCAAGCACUACGAGAGCUACCCCGGCCACUUCAUGCACUACGAGACGUCGCUGCGCGACCCUCUGUUCUACGAGGUCUACAAGAACCUGGUCGGACACUAUUGGCACCUAAUGGAGACCUUCCCCGAGUACAAGAAGCACGACUACGAGUUCGAGGGCGUCAAGAUCGAUGCCGUUCACAUGCCCGAGAGCCUAACCACCUACUUUGAGUACUUCGAUUCGGACAUCAGCAACGCUGUGAAUGUUGAGCCCGUUGUCGGGGAAAGCCACGACAACCUGUACUCCUUCGGCCGCAACUCGCACUACAACGGUGUAAGCUAUGUGAUCAAGGCGCGCCAGCAUCGCCUGAACCACAAGCCCUUCGAGUUCACCCUGGACGUCAGCGCCGACAAGGCUCAGGAUGCCAUUGUGAAGGUGUUCAUUGGCCCCAAGCACGACGAGUACGGACACAUCAUCCCACUGGAGCACAACUACCAGAACUUCUUCGAGCUGGAUCACUUCAAGGUGCAUCUGGAUGCCGGCGUUACCCACAUCAAGCGCAACAGCGGUGACUUCUUCAUCUGGGUCAACGAUCGCACCACCUACCUGGAGCUGUACAAGAAGCUGAUGGAUGCCUCCGUCAGCGACUACAAGUUCAAGCUGGAUCAGUCUGAGGCCCACUGCGGUGUACCCAACCGCAUGAUGCUGCCCAAGGGCAAGAAGGGUGGCCAGGUCUACCAGUUCUUCUACAUGGUCUAUCCCUUCCACGAGACGGAGGUGGCCCAGUACACCGGCUACGAUCCCAUCAUCAGCUGCGGCAUCGGUCACGGCUCCCGCUACGUGGAUGCCCUGCCCUUCGGCUUCCCUUUCAACCGCCCGAUCAAGCACGACUACUACUUCGAUGUGCACAACUUCAAGUUCUUCGAUGUGAAAAUCUUCCACCGUGACGAGAACACCAACGUAGCCUAGACGCAACGAACGAACGGAAUUGAACAUGGACAAUCCGUAUCAUUAAUCCACUUACCCACAAACCCCACAGAUCUAUUCAAUUUCACUUUCAACUUUCAACAAUAAACUAAAUCCGAACACAAAGCAAA